CGAGCUGAUAUCUUCGACUGAAGAAUUGUCAAGUGAUAUUAUAUAGGUUAGAAAAUUUUCUUCGAGGUUCGAGGAAAAUUACGCCAAUUUGAAUUGUUAAUAUUUUUGCUCAUGACGACGCCGACCGCAACCCACGAUUAGAAGAUGUGAAUUACAAAUUUCCAACUACCGAGAACUAAAGUUGCCCUAACCUAACCAACAUCAAAUUGUUUUACCGAUCUUUGAGUACGAAUUUUUUUUUGACGAGUAGCAAUGGGAAAUACUGUUUCCGGAGCUCAAAAACUUGUGGUGCAGGCGUUCAUUCCACAGAACGAAACAAACAACAAUGAUGUACCUAAAAAUCCACACGGCCUCACCAACACCGCUGGCGUGAACCCACCUCCGGAAUGUCCAAUGCACGUCAAGACAGACGAUAAGAAAGCUGCUGGAUGUGCCGUGGCAGGAAACCCAGAUGAAAUUAAUCCGUUAAAUAUGAUGCCACCUCCAAAUCAGAAACCAGCACCAGAUCAACCAUUCCUACUACCAACUGAACGAGAAGUAUCUACUAUACCAAAGUCAGAAGGAGAGGGUGACUUUUGGGUUUAUCCGUCAGCUCAAAUGUUUUGGAAUGCAAUGUUACGAAAAGGAUGGCGUUGGAAAGAUGAUGAUUUAUCACCAAAAGAUAUGGAUGUUAUAAUCAAAAUUCACAACAUCAACAAUGAGCUUGCUUGGCGAGAGGUGCUAAAAUGGGAAGCAUUCCAUGCAAAUGAAUGUAUGAAUCCAAAGUUGAAAAGCUUUGGGGGUAAAGCUAAACAUUUUUCUCCAAGAGCAAGAAUACGAAAUUGGAUGGGAUAUGAAAUACCUUUUGAUAGACAUGAUUGGAUAGUAGAUCGUUGUGGAAAAGAAGUACGAUAUGUUAUUGAUUAUUAUAGUACCGAUAAUUCACCAAAUAAAUAUCAAGUGGCUGUUUUGGAUGUAAGGCCUGCCUUAGAUUCAUUUGAAGCAUUAUGGGAUCGUUCAAAAGCAGCUUAUUGGAGAUGGCGAUAUGAAGCUGAAAUGGAAAGAAAUAUUGCCAAUAAAAUGGAAGAAUUAAGAAGUGAUGAUAAAGUGUGAAA